AUGACAGAAAAUACAACAAAUAAAACGCAAUAUGGGUUCUCAGACAACCAACUAGGAGAAAAUCAAAGAAACGAAAGAAAAAGACCUAAUGCAGAUGAUGAGGUUGAACCUGGGAUCAAUAGGUAUACCAAAUUGCCAUAUUCACAACAAUACUACACAAUACUAGAAACAAGACGACAGCUACCAGCAUGGAGCGCUCGGAAGAAUUUUAUCAAACUACUGAGGCGAAACCAAGUACUCAUAUUGGUUGGAGAAACGGGUUCGGGUAAAACUACUCAGAUACCACAAUUCGUGGUAGAAGCAAAAUUAAACCAAGGAUUACAAGUAGCUAUCACACAACCAAGAAGGGUAGCAGCAAUGUCAGUAGCAACGAGAGUGGCAGAAGAAAUGGAUGUCACACUAGGGGAAACUGUAGGCUACUCGAUCCGAUUUGAAGAUUGUACGUCCAAAAAUACACUUAUCAAAUUCAUGACCGAUGGAAUGCUAUUGAGAGAAGCUAUUAAUGACCCCAUGCUUUCAAAAUAUGGCGUUAUCAUGCUAGAUGAAGCACAUGAACGCACUAUAGCGACCGAUGUACUCUUCGGACUUAUCAAAGAAAUUGCUGCUAACCGGGAAGACCUCAAGGUAGUGGUCAUGAGUGCUACGCUAGACGGAAAAAAAUUCCAAAAAUAUUUAGGAGGAGCAGAUAUGCUAACAAUACCGGGACGCACUUUCCCAGUGGAGAUAUUCUAUACAGCAGAACCACAGAGGAACUACCUCGACGCAGUAUACACCACAGUAAUCAAUAUACACCAAAAUGAAGAACCUGGAGAUAUACUAGUAUUCCUAACAGGAGAAGAUGAAAUUAAAAAGGUACAACAAAGGUUACAGCAUGCGGUAUCCUCGAAAGAAAAACAAAUGGUAGUGGUCACACUUUACGGGAGCAUGGAACCGCGUGAACAGGCACAAGUAUUCAAACCAGUAGAGGGGCGUAAAUGCGUCUUAGCAACAAAUAUCGCUGAAACCAGUCUUACUAUAGAUGGAAUUGUAUACGUAGUGGACACUGGAUUCUCAAAACAAAACGUUUACAACCCACGUGCAAGGGUAGAGUCACUACUUGUAGCACCAAUAUCGCAAGCGUCAGCAGCGCAAAGGGCUGGAAGGGCUGGGAGAACACGGCCAGGGAAAUGCUUCAGGCUAUACACAGAAGAAGCUUUCAAAAAAGAACUAAUACCACAAACCUUCCCUGAAAUAUUAAGAUCAAAUAUCGCAACAGUCGUACUCAACCUCAAAAAAUUAGGAAUAGAUGACCUAGUACAUUUCGAUUUCAUGGAUCCACCAGCACCCGAAACUAUGAUGCGAGCGUUAGAGGAACUGAACUAUCUGGGAGCGUUAGACGAUGAAGGGGAACUAACGAAAACGGGCGAGCUAAUGGGAGAAUUCCCACUUGAGCCCCAAUUGGCAAAAACUUUAGUAUCGGCGCCAAAAUUCGGAUGUACACGCGAUAUAGUCGCUGUAGUAGCAAUGUUAUCGGUACCCAAUGUAUUCCUAAGACCAAAUAAUAAAGUGGAAGGUAUCAAACAUUCAGCGAUGGAACCAGCUGCUAGUUUGAGAUCGCAUCGUGGAGACCAUAUCACAUUCCUGAACGUAUUUAACGCAUACCAAGAAGUUGCAAAACAAGGCAAAACAGCAACAGAUAUCUUCUGCCGUAAACUAUGCGCAAAUGGUAAGGCAUUGGACUCCGCAGUUAGGGUAUUCGAACAGUUGAGAAAAUUAACGGAGAAACAUUUGGCGGUCACGUGCCCGAUAGAAAUGCAAAAGCAGCCUGACUCAGAUGCUAUAUUGCGAUGUAUGUGUACUGGGUUCUUCCUCCAGGUAGCAACGCUCACCAGGUCAGGUUACUGCACAGUCAAGGAUAACCAAAAUGUCGGUAUACACCCUUCGUCAGUGCUCAGUGGACGUGGAGACUGGGUAGUAUUCCACCAGGUGGUCCACACGUCGAAAACUUUCAUAAGGACCGUCAGUGAAGUCCAACCGCUCUGGCUACUGCAAGCUGCACCAGAUUACUUCGACCCCUCGGAGAUACCGAAUAAGGAAAUUGUAGCGAUAUUGAAACGCACAAGAGAGCUAUACAAAGAUGAACUCCGGCCCAACAAGUGA